AUGGUUCUCGAUGUGGCAUGGGAUUCGCUCAAGGCGAAUGCCAAGAUUAUCGUAUGGCCGAGGAAAAAGCAGGACUAUGAUAACCAGCUUUGGAUGUAUGAUCAUGGAUACUUGAUAAACAAGAACUCGGGUCUUGUGCUCGAUGUGGCAGGCGGUAUCCUUGAGACCGACAAACAAAUGAUCCAAUAUCGUCGAAAGAUGCUCGAAGAUGCGCACAAUCAACGUUGGUAUUAUCGUGAGGAUGGUUUCAUCUACCCUCAAGUCGAUCCUAAUUUGGUUCUUGAUAUUCGCGGGAAUUGGACCAAGCCUGGAACAGUCGUACUUCUUUACGAGCGAAAAUACAGCGACAAUGAGAAUCAGCUAUGGGAUCUUAUUCCAGAUAACAACGACGAUGAAUCAUCAGCAUCGAUAUUAUUACGAGAAGAGGAGGAUGGUGACGAUGAUUACUCCUUCAGCACUUCCAGCUAUGCACUCUAG